AUGGCACCAGGAGGACGAGGCAGAGCGGGGAAGUUCAGCAAGCCAACACGAGGAGGAGGAAAGAAGUUCAGCAAGAACCUCACCCCUCUAGAUGCAGAUGGCAACCCCAUCAGCAUGUGGGCUGAUCCGAGCAAACAGCAGCCACAAUCUUCCUCAGAGGAGGAAGACUCAUCGGAAGACUCAUCAGACGACGAAUCCAAACCCGACGACUCAAACCUGACCCGCGAAGAGCGUCGUGCCGCCGCCAAAGCCAAGAAGGAAGCUGCCAUAAAGAAGAAAUCACAGAAAGCUGCUGCCCCUGGCGACAUCCCUUCAUCAGACUCGGAUUCUUCGUCAGAAGCAGAAGAUGAAGACAUGCCCGCCAACCCGAACCACACCGCCAAAUCCCGCUCUCAAGCCAAAGCCCCCGUAGUCCCACCGUCAGCCGACGCCCCGGCUCCUAAAGUCCCGAAAAAGGGUGGAGAUACCUCGCAGCUGUCACGAAGGGAGAGGGAAGCUGUGCAAGCUCAGCAAGCAAGGGAGAAGUAUCAGAAAUUGCACGCUGAGGGGAAAACAGAUGAGGCAAGGGCAGACUUGGCAAGACUGAGUCUCAUUAAAGAGAAGAGGGAGCAAGAGAGUAAGAGGAGAGUGGCGGAGAAAGAGGAGCGUGAAGAGCAGGAACGGGAGAAGGCAAAGGAUGUGAAUGAUCGCGAGGAACGGAGGAAAGCGGCUGCGAUGGGUAGUGGGGCGAGAGGUGGGAGAGGAGGAAAGAAGAAGGCUUAG